ACUCCCAUUCUGGGAGCAUUCAAUAUGUCAAUGGUCAAACACGCCGCUAUUGUACAUAAGUUUGGCGGCUGUAUGGUUGUUUAUGAAAUACCGUCAUCUGGAAAGCUUUCAGCGAUAGCUCAAUGUGGAUGUUCAGGUACCUGAUUUCCGAGUAUAUCUUCGAUGUUUCCUGAUUGACUUGUGAGUUUAUCCUCUAUGUUUCCUGCUUUUAGGAUUACAUGGCUCAUGACUGCAGGUGACGAGGGUUGUGGCGUCCUUUCCGAUCAGAAUGUGUAACCUUCAAGUACUUGAAAACAUGAAAGAAGAACCGGAAGGUGGAUUGAAUAUGUUGUUUCACACUCACCAGAAAAGGGCAGGUAACUUGUUGGGAAUAUUUUUUUAGGUGACCAUCAUCGUCAGGUCAAUAACUUGCUUGCAAGAUGAAAGUAACAUGAUAUCGAUAUCUAUAUAUUUUCGCACAACCUGAUGAUGAGGCAAAGAAAUUUGUGGAUACGGGUAAAGUUCCAUUGCUUUUGUGCUUGAACUAGUAAUUAAUCUGACAUUUCAUAGUCGAGCACUGCUCCACGUAUUAAAAGUUUCUUACAAAACUCGUGUGCCCUAUUUUUUUAGCUUAUUCAUGAAUUAUUGAAAUGGGAUAUUUGUUCAAUGUUUUUAAAAUAUGUAUUCUCAAAAAAAAAAACUUUCUAUUACAUUAUUGUAAUACUUAGACCACUUGUUUUUAGCUGUUUGUUCACUUUAUUUCUUAAAAUAUUUAACUUGCUCAUAUAUUCAAGAGAUAGUCCGCCCAUCAACAUUUGAUCGAUCAAACGGGGCAUUAGUACAAAAUUCAUAACCAUUUGAUCUAACUUAGGUGGAGGUUGUAGGGAAUUUAGAUUUACUAACAUAAUGUAAAACAUUUGUAAAAGCUUUUCAAGAAAAACUUUUGUAGCGUAUAUGCUUGCUUUUGAACUAAACUAAGAGCUUUUUAAUAAAACUUUUUGUACGUAUAGACUUGCCGUCGAACUAAACUGACGAGUAAUUAAUAAAAGACCACAAGGACAUAGAGUUGGGUGUGUUAGAUACGGGUAAAGCUCCAUUUGCUUUUGUGUUUGAUGCAGGGCGUCCGUGAGCCGUGUGGUGUACCGCCGAACCGGUGAUGCCAUGCAUCCAUACACGUCUACACUCUACACCCAUUAACCAUACAUGGCGUACAACGUCCCACCAGCUCGUGGCCGCUGCCACGUUGAACCCAUAGCAACCUCUCGCGUGAAAUAUCACGUUGGAAACAAAAAAAAACGUUGUUAAGUCUAAGGUCUCCGUCGUUUGGCUUAUUUCCUAAUAAGACAAAAUGGUUUAUUAAAAAAUAAAAAUGAAUUUGUACGUAAAAUUUUUAUAAAUAUGUUCUUGGUGACUUAGAAGCUAAUGUUAAAAAAGAAACUAUGUUAAAAAUAUCUCAAAAUUAAGCUUGAAAAUUUAAAUUUUGGCUUUUUCUUUUGCUGAUUAGUCCAACCGAUGGGAGCUAACUCCGUGUGACCAUGUUGCCUACGAUUUCCCUGAAAGCGAGGACGGAAGUGGGCUCGAAAUAGCCAACCCCGGGACAGACAAAUGGAUCGAUCGAUCUAUCGAGCAGCCCACUACAGGAGCUUCCCGUCCACGUGCGCGGAACGCACGCUACCGCUCCCAAGUCCGAAACCUCCGGUGCCUCGCCCGUUUCCCCCCAUGAAUUCCCCGGCCGCGCGAAUCGCCGAGCCCCCGUCACGCACGCGACGCGCGCGAGCGAGCGUACAGCCGCCACCUCCAUCCACGUCGCGGUCGCUCGAUCUCUCCCCCCCAAGCAAAAAGCCCAACAACCGCCCCCGCGCGCCGAUGGAGACGAGCCGCCGUCCCGCCCGUCCGCGCCUUGCGUUUCUGAGGCCGUUCAGGCGGAACGCAUGAGCAAGGCGUUCCCCCACGGCCGGUUGCUUAUCGCACAGGGCCUUUCUGCUACGCCGGCGCCCGACCGGCUCGGCGUUUUCGCGGUGCGCGCGCGCGUGGCUGGCAUGCAUUAUCCGAUACGGAUCGACUCGAUCGACCGACCAGCUGGUGCGUACCUCGAUUCGGACACGGGUGAGUUACGUUACGUAGAAUCGUAGAUGAUGUUGUAAUGUCUGCGUUUGUGUACUUGUGCUGUAGUACAGGUCGCAAUCGGACUCCUGUUCCGAUUAGGAAUAUUGGUGAUCGGUGCAUGCAUCUCUUAUCCCUCUCGUCUAUAUAACUCAGUCAGGGGACAAACGAGUUCGUCCAAGUGCAAGUAACCCCACGUUCUUUGUGCUUGUGACCGCAGUCGUGGUUUGCAAUCUUUGUGUUCGGUGAGGUUUGUUUGCUGCAUGCCAUGGCCGAGCAGCAGCAGCAGCAAGCGCCGCUGCUGCAGAGGCCAGCCGCUGCACCGCCGUCGUCGAGCCGGCUGCCGGACUUCAAGCAAUCGGUGAAGCUCAAGUACGUGAAGCUGGGGUACCACUACCUCAUCACCCACGGCGCGUACCUCCUGCUCGCCCCGCUCCCGGGCCUCGUGGCGGCGCACCUCUCCACCUUCACGCUGGGCGACCUCGCCGACCUGUGGCAAAACCUCCAGUACAACCUCGUCUCCGUGCUCCUCUGCUCCACGCUGCUGGUGCUCGUCUCCACCGCCUACUUCCUCACGCGCCCGCGCCCCGUCUACCUCGUCGACUUCGCGUGCUACAAGCCCGACGACGAGCGCAAGUGCAGCCGCGCGCGCUUCAUGAACUGCACCGAGCGGCUCGGCACGUUCACGCCGGAGAACGUCGAGUUCCAGCGCAAGAUCAUCGAGCGCUCGGGCCUCGGCGAGGACACGUACCUCCCCGAGGCGGUGCUCAACAUCCCGCCCAACCCCUCCAUGGCCAACGCGAGGAAGGAGGCCGAGAUGGUCAUGUACGGCGCGCUCGACGAGCUGCUCGCCAAGACCGGCGUGAACCCCAAGGACAUCGGCAUCCUGGUCGUCAACUGCAGCCUCUUCAACCCGACGCCGUCGCUGUCCGCCAUGGUGGUGAACCACUACAAGCUGAGGGGCAACGUCGUCAGCUACAACCUCGGCGGCAUGGGGUGCAGCGCCGGCCUCAUCUCCAUCGACCUCGCCAAGGACCUCCUGCAGGUGUACCCCAACACGUACGCCGUGGUGAUCAGCAUGGAGAACAUCACGCUCAACUGGUACUUCGGCAACGACCGCUCCAUGCUCGUGUCCAACUGCCUCUUCCGCAUGGGCGGCGCGGCGAUCCUCCUCUCCAACCGCGGCUCCGCGAGGCGGCGCUCCAAGUACCAGCUGGUGCACACCGUGCGCACGCACCGCGGCGCCGACGACCGGUGCUUCGGCUGCGUGACGCAGCGGGAGGACGCUGACGGGAAGACCGGCGUGUCGCUGUCCAAGGACCUGAUGGCGGUGGCCGGCGAGGCGCUCAAGACCAACAUCACCACGCUGGGCCCGCUGGUGCUCCCCAUGUCGGAGCAGCUCCUCUUCUUCGCGACGCUCGUCACCCGCAAGGUGCUGAAGCGGAAGGUGAAGCCGUACAUCCCGGACUUCAAGCUGGCGUUCGAGCACUUCUGCAUCCACGCCGGCGGCCGCGCCGUGCUGGACGAGCUGGAGAAGAACCUGCAGCUGUCGGACUGGCACAUGGAGCCGUCGCGGAUGACGCUGCACAGGUUCGGGAACACGUCGAGCAGCUCGCUGUGGUACGAGCUCGCCUACGCCGAGGCCAAGGGGCGGAUCAAGAAGGGGGACAGGACGUGGCAGAUCGCCUUCGGCUCCGGCUUCAAGUGCAACAGCGCCGUGUGGAGGGCGCUCCGGUCGGUGAACCCGGCCAAGGAGAACAACUUCACCAACCCGUGGAUCGACGAGAUCCACCGCUUCCCGGUGCCCGUCCCCAAGGUGUCGGCCAUAUGAUCCAACCACACGCGUUGGCUGUUUGCACUGAAACAUUAUUACUAGCAGUAGCUUAGUAGUAGUAGUAGAAAUGAACUAGGAUCUAUUCGUUAUUGCUUGUGUAUUGAUCUGAUCAUAUCUGGUUCGCUGUUCUUAUGUGAAGUUGCUCUGUCGGUCUGGCAUGUAAGAAGGUCUGAUCAUAAGUUCACUUCAAAAGUUAAUUUACAUCUUCAUAAAAUGGCAA